CUAGCUUCACGUGUAAGUGAUCCCGCCUUAACCUUCAGCUCCCGCCACAUCAUCUCUGACAUUCUUUGUGUAUUCAUAAAGAGAAAAGACCUAGAGAAACACAGGAGAAAGUUUAAAGAUGAUGAAAACAUUAUCAUCAUUAUUAUUAUUAUUGACUGUGUCAUUGGUUCAUGGAGUGUAUGACUCUUCUGAUGAUGUCAUUGAACUAACUCCAAAGAACUUUGACUCUCAAGUGAUGAAUGGGCCAGAAAUAUGGGUCGUCGAGUUUUAUGCUCCAUGGUGUGGUCACUGUCAGGCCUUGGUACCAGAGUACAAGAAGUUAGCUCGUGCCUUGAAAGGUAUCAUUAAAGUCGGUGCCGUUGAUGCCAGCGAACAUCAGUCACUCGGAGGGAGGUUUGGAGUCCAAGGAUUCCCAACCAUCAAAAUGUUUGGAGGGAACAAGAACAAACCAAGAGACUAUCAAAGUGAGCGCAAAGCAGAAGCCAUGAUGUCACAAGCCCUUUCAUUUGCAAGGGAAGUGAUGAACGAGAGAUUGGGAGGGAAAAGUGGAGGAGGAGGAGGAGGGAGAGGAGGAGGAGGAAGGGGAGGAGGAAGCAGUGGUGGUGGUACUCCUGAUGAUAAAGACGUUAUACAACUCACCGAUUCUAAUUUUGAGGAUAAGGUUCUUGGCAGCGAUGAGAUGUGGCUCGUUGAGUUCUUUGCCCCUUGGUGUGGCCAUUGCAAGAACCUUGCUCCUGAAUGGGCCAAAGCCGCCACACAGCUCAAAGGAAAGGUCCAUGUUGCAGCUGUCGAUGCCACUGAGCAUAGAGUCCUUGCUAGCCGUUUUGGUAUUCAGGGCUUCCCAACUAUAAAGUUUUUUAAUUCAGGGAAGAAGGAUUGGGAUGGAGCAGAGGACUAUACAGGUGGUCGCACUGCUGAUUCUAUUGUUGCUUGGGCGAUGGAGAAAUGGGAGAAGGAGCAGCCUCCUCCUGAAGUGUAUCAACUAACGUCACAGACUGUCAUGGACUCUUGUGCUGAGAAGCAGCUCUGCUUCAUAUCAUUCCUACCCAACAUACUAGACAGCAUGGCAUCAGGAAGGAACAGAUACCUUGAAAUAGCAAGAUCUGUCGGUGAACAGUACAAGCAGAGGUCGUUUGGGUGGGUGUGGCUGGAGGGUGGAGCUAACUCUAAAUUAGAGGAGGCACUUGAAGUUGGUGGGUUUGGUUACCCAGCUCUUGUCGCUGUUAACGGUCGUAAAGGUGCUUACUCUGCACUCCGUGGCCCGUACUCAUACGAUGGCAUUAGAUCAUUUGUUAGAGAGCUGAUAGCAAUGAAGAGUCCCAUUGUAUCGAUAAGAGGUGGUAAGCUUCCGGCUAUUGAAGAUUCUGAGCCAUGGGAUGGAAAAGAUGGAGUUUUGCCUGUUGAUGAUGAUGAUAUUGAUUUGUCUGAUGUUGUCUUAGACGAUGAACCAACUAAAGAAGAAUUAUAAAGAGAAGAGAACUCGUUUUGUCAUUAUUAGCAGUUUUGUAAAGUUUUACUCUUUUUUGAGCCUAACAUUUUUGCUUCUUUUAUUUAAGA